CACAUUUUCAAGAAACCCAUUUUACUUUUCAGGACACCCCGACAGUGUGCCGAGUGUGAGUGAUUUAGGGUUUAACCAGGGCUUUUCGCCGGAAAAGAGAAAUUCCACAGUCGAUUCAGAAUGCGGAGAUCGAUUGCGAGCCUGGGUGGGUCCCUCGUGAAGAGCCGACGAGGAUUCAGCACGAGCUCGUCGCCGGAGAAAAUCGUCGCGUCCGUACUCUUCGAGCGGCUCCCGGUUGUUAUCCCCAAAAUCGACCCCGUCGUCUACGCAUUUCAGGAGUUCUCGUUUCGGUGGCGGCAGCAAUAUCGAAGGAGAUAUCCAGAUGAAUUCUUGGACAAGUCUGAUGCUAGGGGAAAAGGAGACUACCAGAUUGAUUAUGUACCGGCUCCGCGGAUCACUGAAGCUGACAAGCAAAAUGACAGAAAGUCAUUGCAGAGAGCACUUGACAGAAGACUUUAUCUUCUUAUCUAUGGUAGCACAUAUGGAUCUCCUGCUGGAAAGCCAGUCUGGCAUUUUCCAGAGAAAGUUUACGAGUCUGAGGAGACAUUGCGGAAGUGUGCAGAAUCUGCAUUACAGUCUGUCAUAGGUGAUCUUACCCACACAUAUUUUGUUGGAAAUGCUCCUAUGGGACAUAUUGCAACGGAGUCAUCAGAGAAUAUGACGCCUUCUCCAUCUUUCAAGCAAUUCUUUUUUAAGUCUCAAUUGAUUGCGACGAACCAGUUGAAAGUUGGGAAGUGUGAGGAUUUUGUUUGGGUGACCAAGGAUGAAUUGAUGGAAUAUUUUCCUGAGAAAGCUGAGUUCCUCGGCAAGAUGAUCAUCAGCUGAUCUUCCCUAUGUACUCUUUAUGCAUAAAUUCUUUGCAAUUCAGAUGAGGAACUGAAAUCAAAUGUUGAUGAAAGAGUGAAAUCUGACAUAGAGAAUCUUAGGCUGUAGAAUGAUGCAAUUAAAGUUUGUUGUGUGGCUGAACCGUGGCUCAGUGCUGGAAUUUAGGAAUAAAUUUUGCCCCAUUCCAGAUUUUUCACGUACUGUCCCCUUCUUUUUUUCCCCUGGUAAUAAAUCUACUUGCUGUUGAUCUAUGAUUGUA